GCCAGCCGCACACACCCAUCCCAACAGCAUCGCAACUUCACGACACGAACAGCCACCUUCGCUCCGAAUCCACUGGUUUGGUUGAUCAGCAGUCGAUCCAUCGCAGCUCGUAUAUAGUACCUCCAUGACGAAGCACCAGAGAGCAUCAUCGGCGGAGCAGCUCGUGUCCCUCUCCCUCUCGCUCUCCCUCGGCGCCGUCGCCGACCGGAGCACCAAGAGGACGCGCCGCGCCGCCGCCGCCGCCGGUGGGGAGUUCAUGUGCAAGACGUGCGACCGCUCCUUCCCGACGUUCCAGGCGCUCGGCGGCCACCGCACCAGCCACCUCCGCGGCCGCAACGGGCUCGCGCUCGCCCUCGCCGGGACCGGGACCGGGCCGGAGCAGAAGAAGGCCACCGACCAGAAGCAGGCGCACCAGUGCCACGUCUGCGGGCAAGGGUUCGAGAUGGGGCAGGCGCUCGGGGGCCACAUGCGCCGCCACCGCGAGCAGGAGGCCGCCUCCGCCGCGGUGGCGCAGCCGCCGCCCGUCCUGCUCGAGCUGUUCGUCUAGGUUGAUGAUUAGCUAACUUUACUUAUGCUACAGAGUUCGUGAUCGACCUGUGUAGAUUUGUACGUCGCUGCACACAGACACACAUACUCGUAGCUUAGCUAGGUAUUGAUCGUUAGUUGGUUCAUUCAUUCGUGUACUUUUGUGGACAUAUUUGGUGACUUGAUUCAUUCAUUCAUUCAUUGGUUCGGAGAUUAUGUAUACACGUUAACUGAUUGGGUUGCUCGUC